CGCGAGCGAAAGUUCCCCGCCGCGCCGUUUUCAGUGUUGACGGAGCGUCCGACGCACCAUCACCACCACGACGACGGCUGCGGCGCGGUGACGGGCCAUAUUUGCAGCGGUAGUGUGCACACGGUCGUGACCGGGGCGACAUCACCACAUACCAUCAUGACCAGCCAAGGCGUCGUGGAACGUGCCAGCGCCGAACUGUCGAAGCGCAUCAACGGACUGACGCUGCGAGCGGCCAACAAACCGUCGCCGUCGGCUUCCGGCGGCGGCGGCGGCGGCACCGCGGCCGGCGUGACCGGUUCGCCGUCCCGAGCCCCGCGAACUGGUACCAGUGUCAUGGAGCGAGUCACCAACGUGCUGUGCGGUGGCGGUACCGGUGGCGGCGGUGGCCUCAUUUCUGGCGGCUCCGGUUCCGGCGGCAUCCAGUACCCGCGGUUCCGCGGCCGGACGCCCGUCCGCAACCGCGUGGCCGCGUACCGGAUCAAGCGGCCGAUCACGUGGCCAGAGUUGAUGCGCGACGAGCAGUUUCUCAACGGGUUCUUCAUGUACUUCUCGGCCGCGGAGCGCGUGCCGCUAUCCCGUGUGUGCGUCCGGUGGCGCGACGUGCUGUAUAGAUCUCCAAAGUUCUGGUACAACGUGCGGCCGGUGAUUCGUUGCAAACAGCUCAGGUCGUACAACUACGCGGACAAGGCGGCGGUGUUCAAGUCGUUUGUGGCCAGGGAGAUGACGGCCAUCACCAUUUACGGCGCCCAGGACCAAGACACGGUCGAGUUCGUCAACACAUACCCGUUUCCCAACAAAAACAUAUUGGCGCUAUGCUUGCAGUCGUCCAGCGUCACCGAUAGGGGAUUGGAAUCAUUCUUGGACCAUUUGCAGGGUGUUUGGCAACUGGAGCUGGUCGGAUGCAACGAGAUCACGGAGGCCGGCCUGUGGGCAUGCUUGACGCCUAGAAUCGUGUCGCUGACCCUGAGCGAUUGCAUAAAUGUGGCCGACGACGCUGUCGGCGCCGUAGCUCAGAUGCUGCCAGCCCUCAACGAGUUCACGCUGCAAGCGUACCACGUCACCGACGCCGCCUUGGGAUUCUUCUCGUCCAGGCAGUCCAACAGCCUGUCCGCGCUAAGGCUGCAUUCGUGCUGGGAGCUCACCAACCACGGCAUUGUAAAUAUUGUUCACUCACUUCCCAAUCUUACUGUACUAAGUUUAUCAGGUUGCAGUAAAAUCACUGACGAUGGGAUCGAAUUGAUUGCCGAAAAUCUGCCAAAAUUACAAAUCUUAGACUUAUCUUGGUGUCCUCGUGUUACCGAUGCAGCUCUGGAAUACAUUGCUUGUGAUCUAGUUGGAUUAGAACAGUUGGUCUUGGACAGGUGCAUACACAUUACUGACAUUGGUAUAGGGUAUAUAUCAACAAUGAUAUGUUUACAAGCGUUAUUUCUGCGUUGGUGUUCACAACUACGAAAUUUUAGCAUACAACACUUAUGUGGCAUGCGUCAUUUAAGGAUACUCUCACUUGCUGGUUGUCAUUUGUUAACCUCCAGUGGUUUAUCCAGUUUAAUUCAAAUGCGACAUUUAGAAGAAUUAGAACUGACAAAUUGUGCUGGUGCAUCACCAGAAUUAUUGGAAUAUUUGCAUGAGCAUUUACCAUCAUGUUUAAUCGUCAGAUAAAUAUUCAUAGAACGUAAACACGACAAUAAUGGAGAGUUGUUAAUUAUUAUUUAUUCCUUUUUUGAUUGAUUGAUUGUUUAUUUUUAUUUUUUUUUUUACUUUUUUAAACAUCCUUCAAUUUCAAUUUCCAGUAGGUGUUUUGAGUCUGUUAUACUUAUAAUGUCCGCACACAUAUCAUACAUCCCACAAUACAUUUAUUUUUUAAUUUAAUUAUUCUAAUUUAUAAGAUUGUUGUUUUAAGCAUAAUUUAUUGUUAUUUCAACUUUUGGAAUUAAUUGAUUUUGGGUUAAAAAAUUUAAAAUUACAAUAUUGUACACACCUACUAUUAAGUCAUUCUUGCCUAAAAUCCCUAUUGUGAUUAGGUGUUUAAGUAUAUAUUAAUGGCCUUUUCCAAACUUGACUAACUGUAAUAAACUAAUAAGUAUGUACGAAAUGUGCAAUAAUUAAAAAAUAUAAUAUUUAAUUUAACGGUUUCUAGUAAACCAUUAACUUUAAGUCUAUGUCAAGGAAAAAAUAAAUUGGCUGAUCAUAGAAAAAAAAUAUAACAAAGUUAUGGUAUUAUUAUCUUAAGACAAUAUCAUAAAGCAUUUACGAGUUUGUAGUUGAUAAAAAAAAAUAGUUUAUAAAUAUGAACCAAAUAUAGAUAAAGAAAAAAGUAUUAGUCUUCAGACUACUAUACAAUACAUUUUGUCUAGGUUAUAAUGAUUUGGCACUAAUAUUUAAAAUGUAGGUACGUGUGAUAAUUAUUUAAAUUGUGAAAUAAUGAAAAACUGUAUACUUAGAUAAUACAGAUUUCAACGCUUAAAUUUUGAAUAUAAUUUAUAAUAUGUAAUAAUAAUUAAUUAACUUACCAUCCCAAUAACCAUUUAUAAACU